GGAACGGGCGAAGGGAUCUACUGAUGAAACGACUUCCUGUUCAGUUCCCAAACUCAUUAAGCCCUUAAUGCAUAUUAGUCUGGAUUCCACAACGCUACGACAAAUACUUCAGUAUCGAUUUCUGUAUAUAUGGCGAAUAUGAAAUAAAACAAUAACGUUAACGAUAAAUUUCGAUGUACGGUUGAAUAUUAUAAAUGAGGACGACAUACGUCGAACAGGCGCCAGAGCUGCUGAUUGGUUCCUCGUCGUUUCCGGUUGCAGCGCUCUCCAUUUGAAAAAUAUUCGGUUGGUUGGCAGAGAAAGCUCUGUCGCCAUUGUUCAAAGUUGGGCUUUUGCUAUGUGGCUAUAAGUAAGACUCGUUAGAUAACAGAAUUUUUGUGGAAGUCAAGGUCCGCGAUAAGUGUGGUAAGAAUCUGUCACAUUUACGGUGGGCGGAAAAGUAACCGCCUUCGUUACGUUCGUUUCGAGCUGCAGCUGUUGCUAGCUUGUUAUUAGCCGUAGCCUUUUAAACCCUCCGUCUGCUAAAUAACAACCCCAGCCACCUGUUUCAUUUUUAUAUAUUUAUGUUACUGUUAAUUUGUUACUUGCAGUCUAAGUUUAUAAUGGUUUGUAUGCUAAAGUGUCCGUAGUUGCAUCGUUAGUAACGUUGUUACGAUCUUUCCCUUCAAAAGCUCAAACAUGGCGCAGCGCAUGCCAGUAUCAGAUAGUGGCAACAAGAAGCCGUCCAGAGUUCGGGUGGCGGUUCGUCUGAGACCCUACAUGACUCAACAAGAUGACAAGGACGAAGGAUCGUGUGUGAGAGGCCUAGACUCCCAGAAUCUCGAGAUAGUCAACUGGAGGAACGCCACAGAAUCAGUCAAAUACCAGUCAGUGUCCUGUGAUCUCCUUUUAACUCAUGGUAAUGUCAAUGCACAUGACCAUUGUCCAAGGUAAAAUCCUCAAGACUGCUGCUGUUUGUGUGUUGUUUCAGCUUUGAUGUUUUCCAUGGGGAGCAAACCACACAGCAAGAAGUUUUCCGCUCAUCAGUGAAGCCCAUUUUGCCUCACAUUCUGAAUGGACAAAAUGCCAGUGUCUUUGCCUACGGGCCAACAGGAGCUGGUAUGAAACUGCUGUGUUAAAGGGAUAGUCAGGCGUGAAAUUAAUUUAGAGUCAAACACACAGAGUUAGACACCCCCUUGAGGGAUGAAUGUUGCUGACUGCUUGCUUCUCUAGUUACACCAACUUUAGUAACGACCGCAGUAUAGUAAUACAGUGUUCUGAGGAGCCAUUAACAAACCUCAACCAAAAUGCCACUCUAUAGCCACAAAUAAUGCUCAGAACAGCACCUAACUUCAUCAAAAGUACAUAUAGGGUCCCAGCCACAGCACUAGCCACCAAACAUCUUUUUAACUUUGCCUAAUUUCUUUGGCAAAGAGACUAAACACAACUCACCUACUCUCUUCCAGCAGCCACUUGUUUGUAGCGAGACCUCAGGCCAGUCAAUUACGGACUGCUGCGGGGUGACGCAGCUCAAGGAAGAACAUUUAUGAUCAUUACCCAAAUUAAUUUUACGCCGGAAUAUCCCUUUUAAAUUUACCAACUUUCAGUAUGUUUUUUUUCUCUCCAUCAAGAUAGUUGUUUGACUUCCUUAACCACCAUGUCCCCUUUCACAGGUAAGACACACACCAUGUUGGGAAGUCCAGAGCAGCCAGGUGUGAUCCCCCGCGCUGUGCGUGAGGUGUUCAAUCUGGUCAAAGCUAAAGAAGAAGAUGAAGGAUGGGACUACAGCAUUGGCAUGUCUUAUUUGGAAAUUUAUAACGAGAAGGUAUGACGGGCGGGCUGUAAAUACAGUUCAGCACGACCAAAUUAACUAUCCCAUUCUGCACUUUUUCAGAAAGGUAAAUUAGUUUAAUGUAGUGAAUUGGCAUUCAUGGGAAAAAAAUAUCUAACAAUUAAUUCCCAGAACUAAGUGCAUGGCAAGCCUCUCUGCUUUUAUAAAUAAAUUACGAAAUUCACUUUUUUUUUUUAACUUGAAUAUAUCUUUAUAUACAGCCAGGGAAGACAAUGUUAUGAUGGGCUUUAUUAUUUGGGUUUAAAGGGCCCAAUCAUGUGCCUCCACCCUGGUCUGGCUCUUACUUGUUCCACUAGUGUAUACAGCUCUGUGGUGACAUAUAUUGAUUUCUUGUUUAGGUGUUCACUAAUGUUUCUUUCUCAGCUAUGUAGAGCAUCCUUUAUCAGUAUAUUCUCUCUGGUCAUCAGUGCUUCCUUUUUACUGCCUUUCAGGUGCUGGAUCUUCUGUCCCCAGGCUCACAGGAUCUGCCAAUAAGAGAGGACAAGGACAAAAACAUCCUCAUACCUGGUCUUACCCACACAACCAUCUCCUCCUUCUCAGAUUUUGACAAACAUUUUAUCCCUGCCAGCCUCAAUCGCACCACAGCUUCUACCAAACUAAACCAGCGCUCCAGCCGUAGUCAUGCUAUCCUUCUCAUCAAGGUAGAGCUUUUUGUCAACAUAACUGCAUCGUUGGUCACUCUGGGGUGUACUUUGAUGUUAUCUCUGCAUGUUCAGUGUCUGGUGUGGGUCAAACAGCAUCUUAAACAGGUCGUGGCCUCUGAGCGGUAGGCCAGGAUUUGGUAGCUGGUGCUAAGAUCAAAUCUCUCUCGCAACACUCCCGCUGGCAACUGUGGGCUUUCUGGGACUAUUCUGGGAGAGAAACAACCGGGUCUUAUCUGUCUGUUUUACCAACAUGUCUCUUCCUGUUUUGUACUUUCAUUAUCAGAGAACAACGUGGGGCUUUAUGUCUGCCUACCUUUAUGUCUCUUCUCUCCACUUCCUUCUCACCAGUCACCACUCUUCACCUCUGUGUUUGUUCCUUUUCUUAAAUCUCAAUCUUCUCAAUGAUCCAGGUGGUGCGGACUCAACGUGCCCUGACCCAAAGACAACAGACAGGAAAGCUCUACCUGGUUGACCUUGCUGGGUCAGAGGACAACCGCCGCACCGGCAACCAGGGUAUUCGCCUGAAGGAAAGUGGUGCGAUCAACCUCUCUCUCUUCACGCUCAGCAAAGUGGUGGACUCUCUCAAUUCUGGCACCGCAAUCCGCAUACCGUACAGAGACAGUAAACUGACACGGCUGCUGCAGGACUCUCUGGGUGGCUCAGCUCACUCAGUCAUGAUCACCAACAUUGCGCCUGAGUACAAGUACUAUUUUGACACCUUUAGUGCUCUGAACUUUGCAGCCAAAUCCAAGCUCAUUGUGAACAAGCCCUUCACGCGUGAAACAGUGGCUGUGCCUGUGCCGCCAGGUAAGUGAAAAUGAAUCUUAUAUUGUGGGCUUUUGAGUACAGAUAAAAUGCACCAGGCAGAGAAAAGAGGUUCUCAUGAUUGAUUGGAGGCCAACAGGGGGCACUAACGUCACAUUGUGUGGAUGAAGAGAGAGAGAAAAUGUACAGCUGGAUCUGCUUGUGUGGUGUUGGGUGUCACAAUGGACCUGAUGUAAAUAUUCACCUAUAACACCUCUCAAAUUUGCAUUUAUAUGCAUUUCUAUUACAAUUAACUGUCAUGAAAUCCCAAUGCUGUUCUUGCCUUGGUUUUAAAUCAGGCACUGCAUUGCAGCCUUGACCGAUGCCGUCUCCAUCUGAUCACUUUACACUCUAGAGGACCCUCCCCAGAACUCUGCUUGUUGAAUGCACUGAAUACUAAACUGUUAAUUUCUUUCCUGCCUUCAUCUCCAGUGAAGCGGGCCAGAGAGGACCGCGAGGCAAGGGGAUCUGGCACCGAGCCACAGAAGAAGAGACACAAGGAGGAGAGAAAAACAGAACAAGAUGGUUCCUCACCCUCCACACAUUGUCACAGGUUAACAUCAUCACGCACGCAACCACACCAUCAUGCUAAUUUUUCAACUUACUUAUCAGACCCGGCAACUGUGAUAUUUGACUGUCAAGAGAGUACAUGCGCUCUAAGCUACCACAUCCAAUUUGCUCUGUACAGCUGCACCUCAAACAGGCCAUAGCCUCAAAGCAUCUCUCUGCAGAGCUCUGAUUGGCUGCAGCUGCUGUGCCCAGUGGGAUCCCUUUUGGAGAGAGAUGCAAGCACUGAUUUUUCACCAUCUGUUACCAGGUGUAAAAGUGUGUCUGGGCCUUGAAUAUUAUCAACUUGUAUUCAUUCAGCCUGGGCGACCCACUGAUUUCUGAGUACAUUUCAAAUCCCCUGAUCAUAAAGCUGCCCUACUUUUUUGUGUCUGUACCUCCUUUUUGAAAAAUGUUUGUUUGUUUGUCUGUUUUAGUCCAUCAGAACCAUCGGUGAUGGACAGACUAAUCGCUCUAGAAAAGCUGAUGAUGAACUGUCAGGAAAAAGAUCGACUCGGCAUGCUCAAAGAUGUGGCCCAGUCUCGCAAGGAAAUUCAGGUGAUGACACACGCCUACAUAAAAGCUAAACUUAUAUCCCCAUGGGUGUCUGAACACCUGCUUUAACCUUAGUCUCCCUCUGUCUGUGUGAAACGUACCAGAUGCUGAUGCUGUCUGAUCUCUCUACCAAUCGAUCACCUCUUCUUCAUGGAUAUUUGAUAGCCAACCACACUGCUGUUUUUGUUUUGGCAGGAGCUCAAAGAGAAGCAGAAGGAGUUUGAGAGCAAGGCCAUGCUGUUCAGUCGCCUGGCAGGGGGAAAGUCUGGUGCCACACAGGAGUCUGUUUUCAAAAACACUUCAGCUCCUCUGCAGAGAAAACAGUCAGCCGCAACAAAACCCAAUAAGCAGCAGGCUGUGGUGCAACCCCUGCAAGGUCAGUAUAACAGCAACUGUUACUCAAAAAGAUUGUAUUUGCAGUACAAGCAAGCCAGUCUGUGCACUGAUUUGGUUUGAUAAUUUAGAAAAAAGCCCAAAGAUCAUGUCUUGAUUAAGCAGUAGUUUGCAGUGCCAGUCAUAGCCAUGAUAUACACUGUCCCAUGCCAUACUCAUGAAUGUAUCUGUCUGAAUAGCUGGGAAUUAAAAAAACGGUUUUCAUAAUUUCUCAAGAAAGAAGAUCAAUAUGCAUAUAGGCACACUCAUUCCUGUGCUAAAAAGAGAAUGAAGAAUCACCCUCCUUAUAACUUUGAGCAGAUCAGAAGUGACCCCUUUUUGCCUUUUGAACAAGAUCUACAGGAAUUAAAAUGACCUUGGAUGAAGUUUUUGGAUGUUGAAAUCCUUGCUCAGCCUUCACUAAAAAGUAGUCUUUCACUAACUCUGUUCUGUAUAAUUACACCUAUUAAUGGGGUGCAAUGCCAAUACAAAAGCCCAAUCAUUAAUACUGUUGCAGAAUAUAUCAAAUGACAGUGAAGCAGAAUUGUUUUUACAAGAAUCGGCAGCCAGGGGAUGGAGUCAGAUAAAUUUCCAGGGCGCCUGUCUCAUGCACUAACAUUUGGGUUUAAUUGUAGCUACUUUUUCCCACCAGAGGGAAAUUUUCCCGUCAUACACUUUUACUUAAAUUUAUCCUCAUGUUAUUUUAUUGUUUACAUGGUUUUCUUCCCACCAGUGUCCCAGCUCCAGCCUCUUCAGCAGCUUGCAGUCGUCAGGAAACAGUCCGUCUGCGUCAAGAAGAAGGAGAGGAAGCUUUCAGACCAGGUUGAGGUCAGCAUCCAUGCUGUGCUUAGCUUGACACAUCAGCAGAGUUGCAAGCGUCACAAAUAAGCUGACGCUGUACAUCAGCUUCAGUUUGUUGUUGCACUUGACAAGAGCUGCAAGAUCUGAUUUGUUAUGAUGAAAUUAGCCUCUUUUACAGACCAACAGGAACAAAGAAUGUUGACCCAUAAAAUAUCAACUGUUCAUUUUUUACAAUUGUGCAAAAAUUCAAAUGGAAAUGUAGUUUCUCCUUUCUGAUAUAUUUAUCCUUUUUCUCUCAGGCCCCAGAUGGCAAAGAAAACAUAAUGGAGAAUGGCUGGGAGUCCCAGCUUGACACAUCUGUGCUAGAACAGUCCAAACAGAAAAUCCUACUCGUCCUCAAUACUGGCUCCCUCAAAGACCUGAAGGGUCUGCAGCAGAUCGGUGACAAGAAGGCAAAGCUCAUUCUUGGCUGGAGGGAGAUCCACGGUCAUUUCACAAAGGUUGGUAGAAACACAAACAAGCUAGGAUUUAGUCUUUAACUAACAUCACAACACCAUGUCUGGUAACUCAUACUUUAGAUAAGAGAAUAUUUUCAUAGUCUCAUGUUGACUUAAUGAAUGACUUCUUCUGCAGUUGGAAGAUCUAGGAAAAGUUGAAGGCAUGACAGAGAAGAGGUUUUCCUCUUUUAUGAAGGUAAGCCACAACACGAUCAAACAUUGAGUAUUUCAGCCAUCAUAACUUCAGGAGUUAAAGGGAUAUUCCGGUGUAAUAUUAAGUUAGGGUCAAACACACCGUAACAGCGAGUUAGGCACCCUGUCCGAGUGAGUCCAUCGACUGCUGCGGGGUGACGCAGCUCAAAGAAGAACAUUUAUGAUCAUUACUGUAUCAUUUCCUUGAAGUAAUAAUCAGCAUAUUAAUCAAUUUGCACUGCAGACGAGUAGUUCUUCUGACUAAGCAUCUUGGUCUGAUUGCAUUUCCAUAAAGAAAUGAUCAUAAGUGUUCUUCCUUGAGCUGCGUCACCCCGCAGUAGUCUGUAAUGGACUGGCCCAAGGUCUCACUACAAACAAGCGGCUGCUGGAAGAGAGUGGGUAAGUUGUGUUUACUCUCUUUGCUAACGAAAUUAGGCAAAGCUAAAAAGAUGUUUGGUGGCUAGUUCUGUGGCUAGGACCCUAUAUGUAUUGUUGAUGAAGUUAGGUGCUUUUCUGAGCAUUAUUUGUGGCUGUAGAGUGGCAUUUUGUUUGAGCACGUGGCUCUCUGUAAUGUUAUCUGUGGUCGGUACUAAAGUUGGUAUAAGUAGAGAUGCAAGUGGUUGGCAACCUUCAUCUCUCGAGGGGGUGUCCAACUUGUAAUUUUACGCCGGAAUAUCCCUUUAAACAAAGCUGCUCUAGACUAUAAUAUCUUAACAGUGACGACUCGGCUGCAAGACAGGAAUAUCCAAAGUUCACCCUGUGCAUAACAGCAACAGAAAUUGUUGACUCAUUGAUGUGUUCUAGCUUCUAUGAACCUCCCACAUGAUGCACAGUGUCCACAAGCGAGCUAACAGUCAUUGGUCAUAACUUUUCUGUUAGAUAUACAGUCUCUUGCUCUGUCGCCACUAUUCCCAAAUAAAAGAAAAUCCUGUAAUUUCCAGCUUUCAAGAGGAGACGUGAAAGUGUAGAGAAUCAAAAUGCAAAAAAGAGGUUUCAUCUGUUUUGUAUGAAGCUGUGGGAUCUUUGGUUGCAAAUUCUCACAUUUAAAUUUUUUUUUUUUGCUUUUUUUUACAGGCAAACAUCCUGAGCGCCAUGGGGAAAUGAGUUUUCCUUUUUGUUAAACCGUUUGUAUUGUAUAUGUACUGUAUCUCAGAGGCUUUUGUUUUUUAAUGCUUGUUUUUAUGGUAUUUUUGUAGUUACUAAUGUGUACCAGCUGAUGGCGUACCAUUUCUUUUAAAUAAAUUCCUCAAAUGUCA